AGACGAUAACAACUUUCCCUCAGUUGCCUGGCUAAGGGUGGAGAGUGCGCGUGUGUGUCCAGGCGCACCCGAGCUGAAUUUGUUCCAUCGAAUUUACUGGAAAGUCUUGUUGACAUGUGGAAGCGCAGGUGAACAGAAACCAUGGGGAACAACUCGUCCAACCCGCAGGAAAAUCGGAUGGGCAGAAGGCUAUCCAGGACUUUUCUUACUAGUGUCAGUGGCAGUAGUGGUGGCAGCAGUGUUAGUAGUGGUGGCAGUAGUGUCAGCAGCAGUGGUGGUGCGGCUAGUGGCAGCGGCAGAGGACGCCUAUCCAUAGUCCAUCCCAACUCCUCCAACUUGCUGCUGGAAGCCGUUUCUGUGGGAGACGUGGAAACCCUUCGACGGCUAGUGGGCGCCGGAGCCAACCUUGAGGUCUGCAGUCAUCGACAAGGCGAAGAGGACAUGCGGUGCCUACAUCUUGCUAGCUGGGGCGGCCACGAGGACCUCGUUCGCAUCAUCCUAGACAGUCGGGCGGAACGCGAGGCUGUUGCUCAAGGUCGUCGAGCCGUUCACUGGGCAGCGGUUGGUGGCCACGUGCAGGUGUUGCAGGUGUUGCAAGGCAAAGGUUGCCACAUGGCAGCUCUGACGAGUGAGGGCUCGACUGCGCUCCACCUGGCGGCUGACUACGGCAACCUGGCGGCUGUCAAGUGGCUAGUCCAGCAAGGACUCGACCCAGGCCUCAAGGAUAUGAAGGGCUGCACCGCCACGGAUCUAGCCAGGGCAAGUCGUCAUACUGACAUCUGUGAGUUCCUGCUUACGGCACAUAUACAGAGAACAGGUCGGUUGUGUGUAGGAAACCAGGACGCUUAUUUUGCUUCCCCUGUGCACAAUAAUAGAAUUCAACCCGACGCCGCCACACAGAUGUUUGCCGCGGCCACAGACGGAGACCUGGCCACCUUGGACAGACUACUGGACGAAGGUGUGGACCUGGGGGUGAGCAGCACCAGACCUGGAGAAGAAGGCCUCUGUCCGCUACACAUAGCCUCAUGGGGUGGCCAUGCUGGAUUUGCGAGGAGAAUACUGGAGAGUAAUGUCGACCGCGAGGCUGAGGCGAGAGGUCGUCGAGCCGUUCACUGGGCAGCUGUUGGUGGCCACGUGCAGGUGUUGCAGGUGUUGCAAGACAAAGGUUGCCACAUGGCAGCUCUGACGAGUGAGGGCUCGACUGCGCUCCACCUGGCGGCUGACUACGGCAACCUGGCGGCUGUCAAGUGGCUAGUCCAGCAAGGACUCGACCCAGGCCUCAAGGAUAUGAAGGGCUGCACCGCCAAGGAUCUGGCUCAUCAGGCCAGAUACACUGAUAUCGUCGACUUUUUAAGGAUUAAGGAACCUCUGCCCCAGUACGAGGACUUCACCACCAUCAAGUGGCUCGGGGAGGGCAGCUUUGGACAAGUGUAUAUUGUGACUAAACACGGCAAGCUACAGGUCCUCAAGGCGAUCAACAUGGGGCGCCUGGCGGGGACGCUGAAGGUGGCAGCCGAGCAGGAACUUCAGCUCCUUCAGACAAUCCGUCACCCCAACAUCGUCACAUACAUGGGUGGAGGAGUGAAUGGCACCGACCUCUUCAUCCUCCUGGAGUACUGUGCUGGCGGAGACUUGGCUAAACUCAUCGAGCAGCGCCAACAAGAGUCAGGCCAACCUUUCCCUGAGACGCAGAUUGUGUCCUGGACUCUCAGUAUUGCCUCAGCACUCAAGUAUCUGCACGAGAAAGGAAUCCUGCACCGGGACCUGAAACCCCAUAACAUCUUCCUCACCCGCGGCAGCAAGUCGGUCAAACUUGGCGACUUUGGUUUGGCUCGCGUCACAGAGGGCGAGAUUAACCUCCCUAGGACUAUGGUUGGCUCCCCAGCAUAUAUGAGUCCGGAGGUGGCUAACGCCUUGCCGUAUGACGGCAAAGCGGACAUGUGGUCCCUAGGCUGUUGUCUCUACGAACUGGCGACGCUGGAGCGAGGCUACCCUUAUAACCAGGUAUCCCUUCCCGGGGAAUUCAGCAAUGGGUUUAAGGAUACAGUGGUGUCGUUAUUAAAUUACGAUCCUGAUAAGCGGCCCAGCGCUGCGGACCUGCUGGUGAGCCCGUUCCUCCUGGCCUUGGCGAUACUGAGGAGAUAACGGCUUCCUUUUUAUUUCCCUCCUCACUCAAUGCCAACAUUGUUUCACCCAAAGACGGUGACAUCAAGUCCUCAGGAAUGAAGGUCAAAUACAAUGUUAUCGAGUAGUCCACUACGGGCUCACCAUAGCCCGUGCUACUUUGAACUUUUUGUUCCAGGUAGCGAAUCUUGAACAACAACAACAUAUGCUUCAUGCUUAUGUAUUUAUUGUUGAUAAAUACAUUAAAAACUAUUCGAAAGUUUGUAGACUUUAAAUAGUUACAAAAUAUACAGCACACGCUGGGUAGUUUAGUCAACUAUUAUUGUGAUCUUAAUUCUCUUUAAAAGAUAUUUACCAAAUCGAACAAUUUCGGCUUACUGUGACACGCUUUUAUAUAGUAACCUCGCUACACUGAACUACAUAAUAGGUUGAAAUUUUAUAUAAUUUUAUAUGUCUCAAUGUUGAACAUGUUCCGUGACGAAUUAUCUGUUCGGAUAAGCCAAUCAAAGAUGUUGUGAAACACAUACCAAGUACUUCAAGUGCAAACAUUACAUGCUAAAACCACAUCGGAUUCCUUCAAAGUGACGUGACAGAAUUCUGUCAAUGUGAUGCGAAAGCAUUUUCUAAAAGUGAUGUGACAGAAUUUUGUUGAAACGAUGGAAAUGAAAGAAAUUUAGUUAAAAUAAUCUCAUUUUAUGAUUCGCUCCCGUGUAAUUUGGUCCCUCAAGCCAGCCACACUGAAUGGGUAACAGUGCAGAGCUUAUUACAGUGUAACUUAAUGAAAUUGCAGUGAAUUAUUUUAGUUACCCAGCAAGCUGGUUCGAUCCCCUGUCCCGUUACAAAGAUUUUACCCUUAUUAAACUGAUCUUGUCUUACCCAAAUCAAGGGUUUACAUUCACCAUUUGAAGAAAAUCCAUUGGAACACUAAGGUAACUGAAACCAGCGACCAAACACCUAACCAAUGCAACAGUCAGCAUAAUGUCUAUAUAUAUAUAUAUAUAUUCCUUUUCACAAGGUGCCUGGCUUUGCCCAGACUUACCUAUUUCCUAGGGUGUGCUCCCUCCUUCGACAGCCCAAAAUUAACGAAAUAUGACUCACUC